AUUCUGUCCACCCCUCACAACAAACGUUUGUUUUGCAUUUUCCGGUGAAAUUGUUGAAAAAUUGCAAUUUCAGCAUGCGUUCACGCAGCAGGAGUCGCAGCAGACAAAGGGAACACCACAGAUCCUAUUCCAGAGAUCGUUCCCGAUCGGAGAGAAGGACAAACAACAAAUCGCAGCACCGGAGAUCGGUGUCCCGGGAGGGAAAAGGAGACAGAGAUAGAGAGCUCCACAGGGAGAGAAACUCAAAUCUCAGUUCCCGCCGUUCUAGGGAAAAGGUUGCAGAGCCUCCCCGGCGCAGAGCCCGACACUCAUCUUCUAGUAACUCCGCUAGCAGCAGUGAAAGCUCCAGUUCUUCAAGAAGCCCCUCUAGAAAUCGAAAGUCGAGACCAAAAUCCGUGGAUCGCUGGCCCAACGAUCGUUUCCACGAAAACAACGACCGGCGGCAGAAUCCUUUCCGUGGAAGGGCUCCUGAGGGCAGUUUCAUUAAUGACCCGGCAGAGCCCUCAACAAGAUCACAGCACCGAGGCCGAGGAGGCUUUCACCACCAAUCAAAGGGGGAUUUCAAGGCGGUUAAUGCCCGCAGGAACCAGAGAGUUCGCAUUGGCGAAGAGGGCGUGCCAGAUGUGUGGGGCAAGAGUCCAACACGGCCAGAAAGCGACGACGUAGAGCUAGUCAAGGGCUCCUAUGUUGGGCCAAAGAAAAAAAAGAAAAAGGGCAAUAGCAAACACAAAAAAGCAGACAAGAAAUCCAAGAAGUCAAAGAAAAGCAAGAAGAAAAAGAGCAAGAGGGUGUCCAGCUCCUCGGAGGACUCUUCUUCUAGUUCCUCCAGCAGUGAGGACAGCAGCGAUGACACAAACAGCUCCAGUUCCAGCUCCGAAAGCGAAGAUAACUCCGAGGAGGGAGAUGUUUGGCUGGAAAAGACCGCCGAGGGCAUCAAGAAACCCAAAAAGAAAAAGACUUCAGUAAAAAGUAAAAAAGAUAAGAAAUCAAAAAAGAAGAAAAAGAAGAGGAAAUCUGAGGCGGAAAAGUCGAAAAAGAGCUCCUCCUCCAGCGGCGGCAAGUCUAGAACCAAAGAUAGUGCCUCGCAUAACGAUGAGGAUGUGGGUCCAUCGUUGCGAACCGGCGGCAGCCUGAACCAAAAGGAUUUCGGCAAGGCCCUGUUGCCGGGAGAAGGUGCCGCCAUGGCUGCCUACAUUGCCGAGGGCAAGAGAAUCCCCCGCCGUGGUGAGAUCGGCUUAACGUCCGACGAGAUCGCUAAUUUUGAGUCCGUGGGCUAUGUGAUGAGUGGCAGCAGGCAUCGUCGCAUGGAGGCGGUGCGUAUCCGCAAGGAAAACCAGCUGUACUCGGCCGACGAAAAACGAGCGCUAGCCAUGUUCAGCAAGGAGGAGCGGCAGAAGCGGGAGAACAAGAUUCUUUCGCAAUUCAAGGACAUGAUUCACUCCAAGCUGCAGGCCAAGGAAAAGAAGUAGCAGAUGGAUUGGUUGAAAAAAGUUUACGACUGUUCGAACUUAAAACUAAGCGCACAUCUGGAGGAACACCAAGGUGCUGCCCUAGCCCAACGAAUGACUUGAACUUUUUAAACUUGUAAACAUAUUUAUAAGUACAAAAUAAAUGGCAUAAUAUUGACGAAAUUUUAAAUACCAAA